GUAUUUUUUUUAACUUAACUUCUUUUUGUAAUAACAUUCCCUGCUGUGUAGUUAAAUUCCUCAAAUUUAAAACACGUUUAUUAUGUAUCUAUAAAGGUAUUGUUCAGGCAGUCUGUUUCUGCUAAUGUUUUAGCUAAACAGACAAGGAGCAGAUGCUGGACGCUAUCCGUGAGAGCCCUUUCUUCUCCAUUCAGCUGGACGAGUCCACCGAUGUGGCUAACUGUGCACAGCUAAUGGUGUAUGUGCGCUUUAUUAAAGAGCUCAGUGUCCAGGAGAAGUUUCUGUUUUGCCAUCCUCUGCCGGCGCGCACUAGAGCAGCAGAAAUCUUCAAGGCUUUGAAUGACUUCAUUCAGGAGCAUCAUAUUGACUGGAGCCGCUGUUGUGGAAUAUGUACUGAUGGUGCAAGGGCAAUGACGGGCCGCCACAGCGGUCUAGUAAAACAGGUGCAAGCAGUUGCGCCCGCUGCUGUUUGGUCACACUGUAUUAUCCAUCGCCAGGCCUUGGCAACCAAGAGGAUGCCCAAAGAGCUGCGCACGGUCCUGGAUGAGGCAGUAAAAAUUAUAAACCUAAUUAAAUCAUGCGCCAUGAAUGCCCGUCUCUUCUCUUUUCUCUGCAAUGAGAUGGGAGCUCACUUCCAUCAGCUGCUCCUGCACUCUGAGGUCCGGUGGCUGCCGCGGGGCAAGGUCCUCACCCGCUUGUGUGAUCUGCGCGAGGAAGUCCUCCUCUUCCUCGCCGAAAUCGACUCCCCACUGGUGAAGCAUAUGGAGGACGCAAAGUGGGUUGCAAUGCAGGCAUAUCUGUCUGAUAUCUUCGACCGGAUAAACACACUGAACACUUCUCUGCAAGGCAAAGAGUGCCAUGUCUUUUUCUCUGCAUUCAGGAAAAAGUUGGACCUCUGGUGCACUCGUGUUGAACAGGGCUCGGUGGAAAUGUUCCCAACCUUGGAGGAUGUUGUGGAGCAAACAGGACUGCAACUGAACUGUGUACAACAGGUGGUCAUUGCACAUUUGAAGGGGUUGCGUGAGCAGUUUGGAGACUAUUUUGGAGAGGAGACCUUGGCAAAUCAAUGGGUGAGAAUUCUGUUCUCUUUUCCUGUGACACCCCGUGAUGGACUGACCCUGCAAGAGGAGGAGGCCCUUGUCGAGCUGAACUCUAAUAUGGACUUGAAACAAAAGAUGGGUGAAGUGUCACUUGCACACUUCUGGCUGUCUGUGGAGACUGAGUUCCCCCACCUCACCAAAAAGGCUGUAAAAGUGUUCAUCCCCUUCACCUCCACUUACCUGUGUGAGUGUGGAUUUUCCGCAUUGACAAUGAUUAAAAGCAAGUACCGGUCACGGCUGCGGGUAGAGGAUGAUCUGCGUUUAUUCCUUUCUACAGCACAUCCCCGCAUCAACCGCCUGUGUGCAUCAAAGGCACAGACUCACUGUUCCCACUAAAAUCGAGGUGAGCAAAUGUGUUGUGUGUAGUGUUUCAA